AGAUUUUUAUUACAGCACGUCGCAUUGCUCUUUUUAUCGAUGACAUAAGGGUCUUAGAGCUAAAAAACUCUCAUAAUGAAAUUAAAGGUCCAAAUGUUAAUGCAGCACAGGAUGCUUUAGAGGGUUUUUUAAGAAAAAACCAAAAAAGUAUAGAUGAUUUGUUUGUACGCAAAAUAAACGACGAAGAUUUUUACUUUAUCAAAAAAGAUAGUUGUGUUUUUAACAUAAAAGAAUUUCUUAAAAAUCAGCUAGAAGAAAUGCUGAAAAAUUUCUCCUGGCCUAAGAGUAUGAGGUGGGGUACAAGAAAAGAAAGGUGGGUGAGACCAAUUAAAAAUAUUUUAUGUAUUUUGGACGGCGAAGUAAUUCCUAUAUCUUUUGCUGGAGUCACUGCAUCUAACGUAACUUACGGUCAUCGCCUACUUUCACAAAAUCAAGUUUUAACUGUAGAAAAACCAAAAGACUACUUUAAUUUAUUAGAAAAUAAUAACGUUAUUCUUCAACAAGAUAAAAGAAGGAAAUUCAUAUUAGAUCAGAUUAAAGACUUUAGCAAAAAACAUAACCUACAACUUGAACAAAAUGACUAUUUAUUGAACGAGUUGACCGGAUUAAUAGAAUGCCCAAUUGUAUUAUUUGGUAAGGUAAAUCAAGAAAAAUCCGCCGAACUACCUAAGGAAGUAAUACUCAGUAUAGUACAUACACAACAGAAGUAUCUUGCUUUAAGCGAUGGGCAAAAGAUUUUAUAUUUUGUUACAGUUGUUAACGUUAAAAAUGACAAUAUUAUUAAAGGACAUGAAAAAAUACUAGAAGCGCGCCUUGCUGAUGCUCGAUUUUUAAUAUCCCAGGACAAAAAGCACAACUUAGAUUACUAUGUGAAUAAACUAGAUUCAAUAUCAUUCCAUAGCUACCUUGGUAAUGUUCAUGAAAAAGUAAAACGUAUUAUAGCUCUGUCAAAAUAUAUAGCUAUAUGGAUUCCUCAUGCCUCAUUAAUUAAGGUUGAGCGUGCUGCGUAUUUAGCAAAAGCUGACUUAGCAACAUCAAUG